AUGGCGACUCUCUACUCCAAGAUACCCGGCGUUGACAAGGUCAUGGGUCUCUGCUACAAACCCGGCGAGCUGUCGCAGGCGCUGGUAGCCUUCAUUAGCAUCGUGGGCGGCGCGAACCUGUCUAGCUCGGAGGUCGAGCAUCUCCUGCAAAGAACGCUAUCGCCGUACAUGCUGCCGCAAAUCAUCGUCGUCGAUCGCAUACCCCUGCUGACCAACGGCAAGACGGAUCGGCAGACGUUGCUGAAGCAGUACGAGGCGUCUUGCCCCAACGACUGUGAGCCAUCCCGCCAUUGCGGACAUUCGUCGUUAGUCGGCGAGAGGAGUAUCAAGCGACGACCGACGAUCGCAUUAACAUACCCAAACGGCGACCGCUCGAUGCGCGGCGAAAUGCCGCGCAUGUUACACGAUCGCCGGCGGAUCACCGUGAAAUCGAAUAGCAAAUGCAUGCGUGAACCUGAGGACGACCGGUUUCUCCGAUUUUCUAAUUAGCCGCUGUCCCUUGCCAUCG